AGAGUGAGCGCAGCGGCUCCGGGAAAAAAGCUGGUGGAGUUUGGACUGAACACAGCCGGGGAACUCCAGCUCCUGUUGUCGCCUCCUCGCUAGCUCUUGAAAACUUUUCCUGCCCCGGUGACACUAGGUUAUGGACUACUAACGGAGACUUUUUAACAAAACAACAGCCCCUCCGCAGCAACUUAAAAGCGAGCAAUCUAAAGCGCCGCUGCCCUCACAUCAACCGCAGCCUCAGUCAAAUCAGCAACCAUGGGCAAACAGAACAGCAAGCUCCGUCCCGACGUCAUGCAGGACCUGGUGGAGAACACGGACUUCACCGAGCAUGAGAUCACCGAGUGGUACAAGGGCUUCUUGCGGGACUGCCCCAGCGGCGCCCUGUCCAUGGAGGAGUUCAAGAAGAUCUACGCCAACUUCUUCCCUUACGGCGACGCCUCCAAGUUCGCCGAGCACGUCUUCCGCACGUUCGACGCCAACGGAGACGGCACCAUAGACUUCAGGGAGUUCAUCAUCGCCCUGAGCGUCACCUCUCGCGGCCGGCUGGACCAGAAGCUGAAGUGGGCGUUCAGCAUGUACGACCUGGAUGGGAACGGGUACAUCAGCAAGGCAGAGAUGCUGGAGAUUGUAACGGCCAUUUACAAGAUGGUUUCCUCGGUGAUGAAGAUGCCUGAGGACGAAUCCACACCUGAGAAGCGCACAGACAAGAUCUUCAGGCAGAUGGACACAAAUAGAGAUGGCAAACUGUCCCUGGAGGAGUUUGUGGAAGGAGCAAAGAACGACCCCUCCAUCGUGCGACUGCUUCAGUGUGAUCCCAGCAGUGCUGGACAGUAGAAAACUGGACUUUUCCACACUUGAUCAAUUCAACACAUUUUCAAAAUCUCUCCCUUCUGACCCGCCUGAGAUUUUUUUGAUAUCUUGAGCUAUAAAGGCACAUGAACACACACAUAGACAACACGCAGCUGUACAUACGACAAAUACCGAAGCCUGACGCAUAUAUAAUCCUUUAGACGUGCACACAGUGUUCAUGCGCCUCUAUGCCUGGUCAAAAGCUCCAGACAAACACGGCUCUCGUGUACGGUACGAAUCUAAGUGGUCAGCGGACCGGCAUCCCAUCAGAGACUUGUUAAACACCGAAUCCAAGCUGUGCUCUCUCUGUCAGCGAGGAUAAUCCAGCACAUUCAUGCGGUACGUUGAGCUGAAUCCAAGUUCGCUUUUUUGUUUUUAUUCCUUUUAUUUGUCACUUUUUAAAAGCACAAUUCCCGAUCUGAAGGGAAUCGUGCCGUCCUGCGCAACCGACUCGGGUUGUUUCUGGAAGACGCACAGAUUUUUGCUAAGUAUUGAAAUCUUAACUCCACAUUAACACUGGAAGAAAUGAAGUAUAUGAAUCUGGGACUACAAGUGUUCUCAGCUGCAGUAUGGCUACGUAGACGGAAGAUCUGGGAAUUGUAGUUUUUAACCAAAAGCGAAUUUUAGAAGGGAUGAAAGAAGUUUUUUUUUUUUUUCCUUUAUUGUUGUUUUAUUUUUUUUAAAUACAUAUUUUGGAGGAAUGUUACAAUGAACCAAAACUGACUCAAGACUUCUAGAUGAAGGGGAAUAUUCUGACUACAGAUUACAAACAUCUGUUCUUUUGAAAGUGACUUUUUAUGCCAAGUUCAACCCACAAACACACUGACACAGAAGCACACACAUUCACAUUUUACUCACAUAUACAUGAACUUGACAUAUGCAUAUAAACCGAGCUGUGACUCUCUUUCUUGAACAAGUGUAUAAGGAAAAAAGAAAAAAAAGAAGCUAGAUGUUAUAUGAAUAUAUAGUAUGUACUUAUAUAUUCUUCUACUCCGUGAUAACGUUGCGGCGUUUUGCUGCAACGGAAGAGAUUCACUGUAAAAAUUUUUGACGUAUAAAUUAUUGGAAUGUGACGAUAAACAUUUUAUUUUUCUUUUACUUGACGAAUAAUGAUAUGAAAGAAAGUUGUACAGUAUAUUCACUCAUAUUUAUACUAGAUGUUAAAACAAAGGAGAGGACCACACAUACUGCUAUGCAUUCAGCUUUGGAUAUCAUCUACUGCAUUUAGUUUAUUUAGGGAUUAGAAAAUAACGACGGUUUGAUUCCGAUCUCCCCCCGCUGGCAAGAACGUAAACAUUGGCAAGUUUCUCCUGUACUGUGCAUCGAUCUUUAAGCAGUCCUUCAAACUGUAGUGCACCAAUAAUCUAACAUUGUUCUCCUAAAUGUGCACUUUUGUUCGCAUCUGCAACUAAUAUUGACUACAGCUAGUCAGUUUUUGAAUGCUACCAUGACAGUUACAGAUAUUUUUUCUAACUAUAACACACACUUAACUGACAGGUUAACGCACUGACGUCGGUUGCGAGGUGUCCACCAGGCCUCGCUGUGUUUUUUUGCAGGAUUUACAGAUAGCUCUCCGCCGCUUACAUCCGCAUUAAUUUACACCUGCCUGUCCCUGCUGAUUUGAAAACAACAUGAGAUAUUGUGGUGGAUAAAUGUGACUUUGGGGUGAAAAAAAAAAAAAAUACAGCUGUGAUUAAUUCUCCAGGCUUCUGCACAUUUCAAUUUCAGGUACUUCAGUCCCACAUUACAUUUCAAUAGCAUGUUGUGGUCAAGUGCCAAAUAUAGAUGAAUUAAAUACAAAGGAAAAAAAACACAGUAUUGCAUCCAUUUAUACUGUACAGUUGCUACCUGUCGAACAAACAAAAAAAAAAAACCUUUGUCACUGUAUCAUUUUGUAGAUUUUGUAUUGUUAACUUGCAUUAUGUGUUCUGUGUAGGAUGUCCAUUUUGUUAUUCAAAUAAAGACAAAAUGGGAAAAUGC